AUGAAACGGCUAUUUGAUGCGGCGGAGCUUAGCAAGUAUAAUGGUGAGAGCGGUGCGCCUAUCUACAUCUCCGUCAUGGGUGUUGUUUAUGACUGCAGUGCGGCGGCCGAGUUCUACGGCUGCGGGGCGUGUUAUCACAUCUUCGCCGGCAAGGACGUCACCCGGUGUCUGGCGAAGAUGCUCAUCGACGACAAGGAGGCAAACGCGGGGUGGUGCAAUCUCGCAGACGAGCACCGGGAGGCUCUCGAGGAGUGGGUUGACAAGUACAGGGCGAAGUACCCCGUUGUUGGGCAGUUCGCCCCCGAUGAACACUUUGACAGCCGCGGCGCAGCAAUGGAGCCGUGA